AUGGAUUUGGACAGCGUGUUCUCAGGCUCUUCUCUGCAGAGCCUCGCCAGACUGCUGCGUGAUGCUCCAGAGGAGGAGGAUGAUGGUGAUUAUGAUGACCCACGCUGUUCUGUUGGUGCCAUGACUCCUGGGAGUGUUGGACCAGUCAAGAAGGAGACCACCAGUACUUUUCAAGUGAAAUCUGAAAACAAGAAAUCCAUUUGGAAUACAGAGGAGGUCCCAGAAGGAUCUGAAUUUGAUGAUACAUGGGACCCUAGAGAAAAGCCAGAGUAUGAGAUUUCAUUCAAGCAGCACGUGGGAACAGAGGAUGUCUUCUUUGGGAUGACUGGGAAAGACCCCUCCACUGCCUGCUGUGAAGAGAUCGUGAUUAAAAUCAAGCUGCCAGAGACAAAGUACUCAGACAUCACUUUAGACAUCCAGGACAAGGUUCUUGACCUUCGAACUCCCAAAAACAAGCUGCUGCUGCACCUCCCCUACCCUGUGAACAGCAAGGAGGGGAGAGCUCGUUUUCUCUCUGAAGAGGAGAUCUUGGAAGUCACCUUGAGAGUAUCAAGGAAGUUGGAUUUCAUAAAUUUUUCUGAUGGGUAGAAAGAUAGAGAAAGUUUGCAAAAACUGAUGUUCUAGUUUGAAGUCUUUUGGCAACCCAACUUGUUCUGAAAUAGUAGAAGGCUUCCCUUGAACAGUCCAGGGGCAUGCCUC